GUCACCCUUUCCGGCACAGAGAGACGCCGCGGAGGGCCCAGCUGUGGGCGGUGCCGGACCGGCGACAGUGUGACAGUGUGACGGAGCCGUGACGGUGACGGUGGUCGGAGCAGUGGUGGAGUCAGCGCUGGACAGAGUGCUCCCGUGAUCCGCCGGUCGCGAUGACUCUCCCCCGUGCCGCGGCGCGUGCGCUCACGGUACUGGCCGUGCUGUCUCUGCCGGCGGCGCUGUCGGCUGCCGACGCUGCGGCCGCCAAGCACGUGGUGCUGGUGACCACCGACCAGGAGGCGCAGCUGCUGGUCGCGGAGCUGGCGCAGCUGCUGGCAGCCGACCACCGGGUGACGGCCGUGCUGUACGGCGACUCGGGCCCGGAGCCGGCGCCGCCGGCCGCCACCAUCCGUCUGGCCACCACCGAGUCCGACCCGGGCCGGCGGCUCUCGUGGCUGGAGCGCUGGGAGCGGCAUCCGCUGCUCACUCCGGACGCGGUGGUCGCCUCGCGGCUGGCAGGCUGCGGCGCGCUGCAGCGGACCGGCGUGCUGGCCGACCUGCGGCCCGACCUCAUCAUCACCACACUGUUCCUGGACGACGCGUGCGUGCUGGCGCUGGCACCGGACGCAGCCGUGGUGGGCCUGAUGCCCUCGUCGGUCGGCCUGCCGUGGGUGACGCAGCAGCUGGGUGGUCAUUACCCCGUCAGUCGGCUGCCGGUGCACGGCUACCCGCUGGGCGACGGCGACUUUUACGCGCGGCUGGGCAACCUGUGGCGCUGGUGGACGGUGACGCGGCUGACGCAGCGCCAGUACCAGGUGCCGGCGGCCGCGCUAGUCGGCCACACCGACCUGGAGGCCGCCUACGAGCGCGUUUCGGCCGUGUUCGUCAGCGGCGACGCGCGCCUCCAGCAGGACGUGCCGUGCGACCACCGGCUCCGCUUCCUCGGCUGCAUCGAGUGCGCCCGCUUCGGCGAUCUACCCAAGGACCAGCAAUCGGCCGUCAGCACAGCCGGCCUCCUGGUCAUUCGCCUGGACCAUCCGUACACCACCCUGCCGGACAGCUUCACGGCCACCCUCACAGAGGGCGCCACCGGCUCGCCGCUGACGCCGAUGGACCUCAGCAAUGUCACCAAGGAGGGCGCGCCGAGGAUCAUCCGCAGCUCGGCACCCGCCUCCGACGCCCUCGCUCACCCACGGGCGCGGCUGCUGAUUAGCGAGUGUUCGCCGGCCUCCGUUCUGCUGGCGAUCCAUUUCAGCGUGCCAAUCAUCUGCAUUCCGUUCACGGCCGGUCAGAAGAUGGCUGCCGCCAGGGCCGUGGCGCUAGGUGUGGCCACUCAGCUGGACCGCCGUCAGCUGACCGCCGACGCUCUCCGCUCGGCCGUCACCACGGUCACCUCGUCCGCCGGUACACGGCGGGCGGUGCGCGCCUGGGCGGACGCGCUGCGCCAUGACGCCGUCUCCCCCGCGGCGCAGCUGGCGCACCACGUCCGCCACCUGCUGCUGUUCGAGCGCGCGUGGCGGCGGCGGCCGGCGCCCACCCUGCUCCAGUACUACUGUCUGGAUGUGCUCGGCACGGCGCUGGUGAGCGGCUCCGUGGCGCUGGGCACGGUGGCACUGCUGUUCUACUGGGUGUUCCGGGUGAUCGCGACAAGGGCACAGCCCGAUAAAGACAAGGUGGAGUGAUGGCUGGGGUCAGUGGUGAUGCAAGUCGCUGCCGACUGAAGGACUAUGGACUAUGAGUAUGUACAAUGGAGCUGGGACCUGGGUAGUGUCGACCGUGUCGCGGCUGUUGUUACCGGCUGCUCGGGUUGAUCAUGAUGAACAUCCAGAAGUUCCUCCACUGAAGAUCCUAUUUGAAGGUGCUCCACUACGUUGACCGUGCUCUAAGCGCCGACACGGUGCACACCGCACACAAAGACAGCGCAAUGCAGCUUUUUCCUAGCGGCAAGAGUGCAAGCCGGCCCCCAAAAUACAGCCAGGCCAUGCGUCACGCGAGACAGGUGUAGCUUCGGUGUGACAAAACGUGGCUUGGUGACAUUCAUUCACAUAAGUGUGGACUGUGGAGAACGUCUUACGACGGGAUUGAAGGUUUACCGUGAACCGUGGCAACUAUUCGUUCGUUCAUUAGGGUUUACGAGCGCGUCGAGAGGUCAACAGUUACUGGUCGCGAGAUAUUAGUCACAGCCCAACAUUAGCCAACAGUGAGCCAUGCCGGGAUGGUGCGGGAAAUGGGAACUACAUAGACCGACAUCGUGACCUCAGCUGCCGUCAGAGGUCAGCCACUCCCAGCCCCGGUUUCGGCACCCCGUCGGGCGAGCCGCCAUCACCUCUACCGCAGACCUUUCAUUCCUUCCUUUACCGUUACAUUAUGAAAUCCUAUACUGUCACUUGUCAGUCAUUGAGGUGACGCUAGUGCCUGUGAAGACACCAACAUAUGUGAUUAAAAAAUGUUCAUAUCUUGCACCUGAAAAUACAAUUGCUGCAGA